AUGUGGCUCAUCAAUACAAGUACUCUCUCACUCGAGCUAUUCGCUCGAUCCGAAGGCGUCCCAUAUGCCAUCCUCUCACACACCUGGGGUGGAGACGAUGAGGAAGUGACCUUCCAAGACAUGGACGAUAUCGAACACCGCGAAAUCAAAGCCGGCUGGGCAAAGAUAAAAAAGACGUGCCAACUCGCAAAUAAUAUGGGCCUGGACUAUGCCUGGGUCGAUACGUGCUGCAUCGAUAAAACCAGCAGUGCCGAGUUGAGUGAGGCCAUAAACUCAAUGUUUUCAUGGUAUCGAGAUUCCAAGAUAUGUUUCGUCUACUUGUGUACCCGGAAACACGAGCCGCAGCUACAUACCAGUGGCAACCUCUUGGAUGACGAAUUGGCUAGUUACAAGUGGUUUCAGAGGGGCUGGACACUUCAGGAGCUGAUUGCGCCAUCCCAUAUGAGCUUUUUCAACGAGGACUGGGAAAUCUUGGGGACCAAAGAAUCACUCAGGGACCACCUGGCAAGAAUCACUGGAAUCGACACUGUGGUUCUCAAGAGUGUUGAAACACUGCAGAAUAUUAACAUUGGCAAGAGGUUCUCAUGGGCAGCCAAACGGGAAACCAAAAGAGUCGAAGAUAUUGCCUACUGUCUCUUGGGUAUCUUUGGCAUCAACAUGCCUCUUCUUUAUGGAGAGGGUUCCAGGGCUUUCAUCAGGCUACAAGAGGAGAUUGCCCGCUCAACAAACGACCUCACCUUGUUUGCCUGG